AUGUCCCUGUGCUCUCCAUGUCCCUGUGUGUCCUCCCUGUCCCUGUGCUCUUCCAUGUCCCUGUGUGUCCUCCCUGUCCCUGUGCUCUUCCAUGUCCCUGUGUGUCCUCCCUGUCCCUGUGCUCGUCCAUGUCCCUGUGCUCUCCAUGUCCCUGUGUGUCCUCCCUGUCCCUGUGCUCUUCCAUGUCCCUGUGUGUCCUCCCUGUCCCUGUGCUCGUCCAUGUCCCUUCUGUGCUCUCCAUGUCCCUGUGUGUCCUCCCUGUCCCUGUGCUCUUCCAUGUCCCUGUGUGUCCUCCCUGUCCCUGUGUAUCCUCCCUGUCCCUGUGUGUCCUCCCUGUCCCUGUGUGUCCUCCCUGUCCCUGUGUAUCCUCCCUGUCCCUGUGUGUCCUCCCUGUCCCUGUGCUCUUCCAUGUCCCUGUGCUCUUCCAUGUCCCUGUGUGUCCUCCCUGUCCCUGUGUAUCCUCCCUGUCCCUGUGUGUCCUCCCUGUCCCUGUGUGUCCUCCCUGUCCCUGUGUAUCCUCCGUGUCCCUGUGCUUUCCCUGUCCCUGUGCUCCUCCGUGUCCCUGUGCUCCUCCCUGUCCCUGUGCUCUCCCUGUCCCUGUGCUCUUCCUGUCCCUGUGCUCUCCCUGUCCCUGUGCUCCUCCCUGUCCCUGUGCUCCUCCGUGUCCCUGUGCUCUCCCCUGUCCCUGGUGCUCCUCCCUGUCCCUGUGCUCUCCCUGUCCCUGUGCUCUCCUGUCCCUGUGCUCUCCCUGUCCCUGUGCUCUCCCUGUCCCUGUGCUCCUCCGUGUCCCUGUGCUCUCCCCCCAGUCCCUGUGCUCCUCCCGUGUCCCUGUGCCUCUCCCUGUCCCUGUGCUCCUCUGCCGUGUCCCUGUGCUCCUCCUGUCCCUGUGCUCUCCCUGUCCCUGUGGCUCCUCCGUGUCCCUCGUGCUGCAGACUGGUGUUUACAGUUCCUCCCACUCCGAGGCACAGCUCAGAGUAA